UGCCUAAUAUUCUUCUAUCUAAUUAAUUGUGCACCCAAUUUUUGUGUGAUUGUGUUUCCAUCAAGUUACAUUCAAACUAUUCCUCAGUUGAUAUAUGUAAAACACAGAAGUCAGAACCAUUAUGUCGUACAACUCAAAAAAACCCCUUUCCCAUAUCCCCUUCAUUCUGACGGACGAACCCUAUCCUCCUUUCACCAUCGAAUCAAUUCUCCUACCAAAUUGUCUUCAAUAGCCGAGCUCUGGAUUUUUCCGAGUGCCAUCGCUAUCUAUUGCAUAGUGAAAAUCACAUACUCGAGAGAUGAGGGUAAGGGCAGAUCGGGGGAAAACUCUAUACUGGACUGGAAACACCUGCAGACAAAAUCGAUGGAGAUGGCGGUGCGGAGAUCAGACAUCAGAAAUUGCUCAUGGGGAAGUUAAAUUGGUAAUCGCUAUGUCGCUAUCAAUGAUGAUUUCGUCAUUUUCACAAGCUCCAUGACUCUCAUCUUGCACGCCACCGCCGAAAGCCUGAGUCGAUGCUUAUGAGAAUUAGUCGAACUUGUUGUCUAAUUUUGACGAGUUCUGCAAAAGUGGAAGGGCUGGUGAAAAGAUUUGAUCGGGCUUGGAUGUGACUGGAAGACUGAGGCCCAGGGAGCGAUAACUGAAGGUGUCCACACAUGGUCAGGUAUGGAUUAAUAGUAUUAAUCUGUAUAUCCUUAAGCUGGUGAUAAUUCCAUUCAGCAGCACUAUCUGGCUCAAUUUGCUUUGUCACUUAGUUGUAAUAAGAAAAUUUCCAUGCUUUCUACCCAAAAAAAAAAAAAAAAUUUCCAAGGUUUGAGUGGUGUUGAUUAUUUCGUCGUUGUAUCAUUGCAAUUAAGGUGGAGCUUAAGUAGAGGAUUCUGAACAUAUUAUCACAAGCUUAAGUAAUGCAUCAAUCUUUAAUCUGUUAACGUGGAACAGGUUCAUAUCCUUUCUCUUUCUGGUUUAACCCCGCUAAAGAGCACCAUGCUUAGACCCCUUGAAGAAAGUGUAGUUAAGUUGUUCUCGAAAGUUGCAUUUCUUACAUUCAGAAGUGAACUAGAGCAGGUUAUUGGGUGCAUAAAGAACACUCAAUCUGAGGAUGGAAACAUACACACCUACAGUUUAAGUAUGUUCAACAAACAGAAGGUUGUGGAGGUAAAAUACAACCUUGAAACAAAGGAUAUGGAGUGCAGCUGUAAAAAAUUUAACAGUGUUGGAAUUCCCUGCACUCAUAUGCUAUGUGUGUUGAAAGAAGAACGGGUGAAAAGUCUUCAUGAGAAACUGGUACUUAAACGUUACUGAAAGAACCCAAAGUCAAUAGACAGUAUGCCACCACCACCUAAGUUGGGGGGAUGAUCAUUCUUUCAACACCAGAUAUGGGUCACUCCAGUUCUUGGCUACACAUAUUUUCCUAUUGGGGGCAGAGACUCCUCUAUCUUUCCAGGUUGCUUGAGGGGGGUUGACAGCAGUGAGGGACAAGUUGGAAAUGGUGAGAAAAACUCCAGCUGAAAGGGAAUUAUGGUAAUACCUAAGGAGUUCGAAAGAGUCCUCAACCCCAAAUAAGUGAUGUUCAAAGGAUGUAGAAAAGGAACGGCUAAAAAACAACAGAAGAAAAAGAAGAGGAAGUGUGGGAGAUGCGGUAGAAGGGACGGUCAUUAUAUUAAGACUUGUCCUGAACCCAAAGGCUACGUGCCGCCAGCUACACAAUCUUCGUCUGAUGAAGAGGAUGACGACGAUGAUAUGGAUUUUGCUGACAAUGAUGGAGGUGAUGAUGAAGAUGAUGACGAUGACCAAAGUGGUCGGCCCCAAAAGCUACUUGAAGCAGCGAACCAGCAACCACGAUGCUGAUGUAGAGCCUACGGAAAACACAUCAAAGUUGCAUAAGGUUAUACAACACUUGCUUUCUAAAUUAUCUUCUAUUUGGUAGAGGUAGCUAUCAGUUUAAGAGUUAAUUUCUACUCUUGUAAUAGACUGGGCCACGUACUAGGAGUAGUACUAUGACACAUCAGCAUCAAGGGAAAUCCAAUAAGCAUACAAGUCCUAGUGUUGAGCCAUCUACUCAAUGUUCUGAACGCCAAUCUGAGAGGAUCCAACGGGUUUUUUUUUUGUUAAAAUAAUCUAAUGCAUCCUAA